AUGGCGAAGGAAGAGGACGAUGAGAGGAAAGCCAAGAAAGGAAAGAAGGGGAAGAGGGCGCCGGAGCCGGAGAAGCCCAAGCGGAGCCUGAAGGGGACCUCGCGGCUGUUCAUGGGCUUCCGAGACCGCACGCCCAAGAUCUCCAAGAAGGGGCAGUUCCGGAGCGCGUCGGCAUUCUUCUGGGGCCUCCACACUGGACCCCAGAAGACCAAGCGCAAGAAGAAGGCGCGCACGGUGCUCAAGUCCACGUCGAAGCUCAUGACGCAGAUGCGCGUGGGCAAGAAGAAGAGAGCCAUGAAGGGCAAGAAGCCGUCCUUCAUGGUGAUCCGCUUCCCCGGCCGGCGCGGCUACGGCCGUCUGCGCCCGCGAGCCCAGUCGCUCAGCAAGGCGUCCACGGCCAUCAACUGGCUCACCAAGAAAUUCCUCAUCAAGAAGGCCGAGGAGUCGGGCAGCGCGCAGGCCACACUGGACGCCUGGAUGGACCGCUCCGGCUCCCGCGUGGGCUCGCGCAAGCUGCCCUUCCCGUCGGGCGCCGAGAUCCUGCAGCCCGGGGGCCGCCUGCGCAGGUUCCCGCGCGCCCACAGCAUCUACGAGUCGGGCGAGCCCGUGGGCUUCCUGCCCUUCGAGGACGAGGCCCCGUUCCGGCACUCGGGCUCCCGCAGGUCGCUGUACGGGCUGGAGGGCUUCCAGGACCUGGGCGAAUACUACGACUACCACCGCGAGGGUGAUGACUACUACGACCAGCAGUCGCUGUACCAGUACGAGGAGGAGCCCUACCGGGGCGCCUACGGCCUCCACGGCCGAGCCUGGCCGCCCUAUGACUACCCGCACGGGUACCCGCCCGAGGACCCCUACGACUCCUACGGCCCAGACUACUACGGGGGCUCCUUCUACUCCAACUACGGCUACCGCUAUGGCUACGACGACUACGAGCCCCCCUACGCGGCCCCGUCGGGGUUUGCGUCUCCCUACGGCUACUACGACGCAUACGCGGGCGAGGCGCAACUGCACGGCUACUACCAGGACUCCUACGCCCCUUCCGACGCGCUUUACCCGCCCUACCCGCCCUACCCGCCCUACGACCUGCCCUACCUGGAUCCCUAUGCGCCGCCCUACAGCGUCCCCUACGGUGCCUCCCAUGGAGUCCCCUACGCCGAAGGCAUCUAUGGUGGCGGGGACCAGGCCAUCUACCCCCCCGAGGGGCCCUAUCUUCCGUCGGAGCAGUCGGCCUUCCCGUACCCGUGGGUGCCGCCGCCCAUCCUGUCACCUCACAACCCGUAUGCCCACCCCAUGGAUGACAUCGCGGAGCUGGAGGAGCCCGAGGAGGCGGGCGGCGAGCGGCAGGGCACCUCCUUCCGCCUGCCCAGCGCCGCUUUCUUCGAGCAGCAGGGCAUGGACAAGCCCGCCAGGUCCAAGCUGUCCCUCAUCCGCAGGUUCCGCCUCUUCCCGCGGCCCCAGGUGAAGCUGUUUGGGAAGGAGAAGCUGGACGUGCCCCUGCCGCCCUCCCUGGACAUCCCUCUGCCCCUGGGGGAUGCGGACGAAGACGAGGAAGACGAUGAGAUGCCGCCGCUGCCCCCGGUGCCCUACGGCCACCCCUUCUGGGGCUUCCUCACGCCGCGGCAGCGUCGCAUCCAGCGCGCCCUCUCGGCCUUCGGCGCCCCCCGGGGCCUGGGCUUCAGCUCUGACUUCGGACGCCCAGCGCCGCGCCCGGCCACCUCGCUGGCGCGGUUCCUCAAAAAGACCUUGUCGGAAAAGGAGCCCGUCCCGCGGCUGAGGGGCAGCCAGAAGGCCCGGGCGCGAGGCCCGGCGGUCAGGGAGGCGGCCUACAAGCGCUUCGGCUACAAGCUGGCCGGCAUGGACCCCGAGCGGCCCAACACGCCCAUCGUGCUGCGGAGGGCGCAGGCGCGCGCGCGCAACAACAACAACUCCCGCCGUCCGCCGUCCCCGCCGCGCCACCGCGAGAGCCAGCGCGAGCCCGAGGACUCGGAGACGCUCUGGACAGUGCCCCCGCUGGCCCCCAGCUGGGACGUGGACAUGCCUGACACCCAGCGGCCACCCUCGCCCUGGCCGGGAGGCCCAGGCAGCCUCCGUGGCUUCUCCAGGCAAGCCGCUGUACCCCCAGACCCCUUCCUCCAGCACGUGGGCCCAGGGCUAUCCCCUGCUCCCCAGCCUGAAGAUCCAGCCUCUGACUCAACCGGUAUCCUCCUGGGUAGACAUCACGACCCAGGGCCUGGACAGCUGACCAAAUCGGCCAGCCCGAGCCUCAAGGAGCCUGAAGAGGCCUGUCCGGAGGACCCCCAGCCACCAGCAGAGCCUGAACCCCCGACCCUGACACCCCCCCAGGAUUCCCCCUCAGAGCGGAAGGCACUGAGGCCCAGCUUCUCCUACCCGCUGGCCACCUCUGACCAGAUGAGGGCCACGUGGCCACCAUGGCGCCGCUGGGGGACACUGCCCAGGGCCCCAGCUCCCUUGGCACCCUCUGGGGCCCCAGGACCCCUGCCCAAGGCUGGUGAAUGGCUCCAGGCAAGCCCUGGGCGUUUUGCUGUGGUCAUGCCUCGUGUGCAAAAGCUGAGCUCUUUCCAGCGAGCUUGUCCUGCUACCCUGCAGCCUCCCAUCCAGGAGCCAGAGCCCGGGCCCAGGCUGAGAACCUGGAGUCUGCUCUGGUCCCGCCUCUGGCUGCCGGCGGAGGCCCAUCAACCCUGCACACGAGUACACGCUCGCCCCCCGUCCUGCCGCCUGGGCCCUGGAGCUGCCUGCCUGCCCCAUGGGGGCCCAGGGGAGAAGGCUGGCCCCAAAGGCUGGUGGAAUAAGAUGCACUCCAUCCGCAACCUGCCGUCCACACGGUUCCGUGAGCAGCGCCGGGAGGACGGCGUGGAGGACAUGACGCAGCUGGAAGACCUCCAGGAGACCACUGUGCUGGCCAACCUUAAGACCAGAUUUGAACGGAACCUCAUCUACACGUACAUCGGCAGCAUCCUGGUGUCGGUGAACCCGUACCGGAUGUUUGGGAUCUACGGGCUGGAGCAGGUGCAGCAGUACAGAGGGCGGGCCCUGGCCGAGAAUUCCCCGCACCUCUUUGCAAUUGCAAAUCUCGCCUUCGCCAAAAUGCUCGAUGCCAAACAGAACCAGUGCAUAAUCAUCAGUGGAGAGAGCGGCUCUGGAAAAACUGAGGCCACGAAGCUCAUUCUGCGCUACCUGGCGGCCAUGAACCAGAAACGGGGCGUCACACGGCAGAUCCUGGAGGCCACGCCCCUCCUGGAGUCCUUCGGUAACGCCAAAACUGUCAGGAAUGACAACUCCAGCCGCUUUGGGAAGUUUGUGGAGAUCUUUCUGGAAGGGAGCGUGAUUUCUGGUGCCAUAACCUCGCAGUACCUGCUCGAGAAAUCCAGGAUCGUGUUUCAGGCCAAAAACGAGAGGAACUACCACAUCUUCUAUGAGCUGCUGGCUGGGCUGCCCGCCCAGCUCCGGCAGGCCUUCAGCCUGCAGGAGGCCGAGACCUACUACUACUUGAACCAGGGUGGGAACUGUGAGAUCUCCGGGAAGAGUGACGCGGACGACUUCCGCCGGCUGCUGGCCGCCAUGGAGGUGCUGGGCUUCAGCGCCGAGGACCAGGACAGCAUCUUCCGCAUCCUGGCCUCCAUCCUGCACCUGGGCAACGUGUACUUUGAGAAGUAUGAGACAGACGCACAGGAGGUUGCCUCAGUGGUGAGUGCCCGGGAGAUCCAGGCCGUGGCCGAGCUGCUGCAGGUCUCCCCCGAGGGCCUGCAGAAGGCCAUCACCUUCAAAGUGACCGAGACAAUGCGAGAGAAGAUCUUCACCCCUCUGACCGUGGAGAGCGCCGUGGAUGCCAGGGAUGCCAUCGCCAAGGUCCUGUACGCGCUGCUGUUUGGCUGGCUCAUCGCCAGGGUCAACGCGCUGGUAUCCCCGCAGCAGGACGCGCUGUCCAUCGCCAUCCUGGACAUCUAUGGCUUCGAGGACCUGAGCUUCAACAGCUUCGAGCAGCUGUGCAUCAACUACGCGAACGAGAGCCUCCAGUACCUCUUUAACAAGAUCGUCUUCCAGGAGGAGCAGGAGGAGUACAUCCGCGAGCAGAUGGACUGGCAGGAGAUCACCUUCGCCGACAAUCAGCCCUGCAUCAGCCUCAUCUCGCUGAAGCCCUACGGCAUCCUGCGCAUCCUCGACGACCAGUGCUGUUUCCCCCAGGCCACAGACCACACGUUUCUGCAGAAGUGCCAUUACCACCACGGCGCCAACCCACUCUACUCCAAACCCAAGAUGCCUCUGCCCGAGUUCACCAUCAAGCACUACGCAGGCAAAGUCACCUACCAGGUGCACAAGUUUCUGGACAAGAACCACGACCAGGUGCGCCAGGACGUGCUGGAGCUGUUCGUGCGGAGCCGGACCCGGGUGGUGGCACACCUCUUCUCCAGCCAUGCCCCGCAGGCUGCCCCUCAGCGCCUGGGCAGGAGCGGCUCCGCCACCCGGCUCUACAAGGCGCACACGGUGGCCGCUAAGUUCCAGCAGUCGCUCCUGGAUCUGGUGGAAAAGAUGGAGAGGUGUAACCCCUUGUUCGUCAGGUGCCUGAAGCCCAACCACAAGAAGGAGCCAGGCCUCUUUGAGCCAGAUGUGGUGAUGGCCCAGCUACGCUAUUCGGGGGUGCUGGAGACUGUGCGGAUCCGCAAGGAGGGCUUUCCGGUGCGGCUGCCCUUCCAGGCGUUCAUCGACAGGUACCGCUGUCUAGUGUCCCUCCAGCACAACCUGCCAGCCAACGGGGACAUGUGUGUGUCCGUGCUGAGCCGCCUGUGCACGGUCACGCCAAACAUGUACCGCGUCGGCAUCAGCAAGCUGUUCCUGAAGGAGCACCUGCACCAGCUGCUGGAGGGCAUGCGGGAGCACGUCCUGAACCUGGCAGCCCUCACGCUGCAGCGCUGCCUCCGCGGCUUCUUCAUUCAGCGGCGUUUCCGCUCCCUGCGCCGCAAGAUUAUCUUGCUGCAGAGCCGGGCCCGUGGCUACCUGGCCAGGCAGCGGUAUCAGCAGAUGAGGAGGCGUCUGGUGAAGUUCCGGGCCCUGGUGCACACGUGCACAAGCCACCAGCGUCACCUCAAGCUGCGCCUUUACUGGAGGUUCUGUGGGCGCUGGGGAGGGGCUCUGCUCUGGGUGGCGGAGGAGCUAAGCAAGCGGCAGGUGGUGGCUGUGGGGCACCUGGAGGUCCCAGGGGAGCUGGCUGAGCUCUUGCGAGCAGUGGCAGGCCUCAGGACGGGCCAGAUGCCCCGGGUGGCCCCCGUGCGGACUCCUCGUCUUCAGGCUGAGUCCCGGGUCACGCUGCCCCUGGAUAUCAACAACUACCCCAUGGCCAAGUUUGUCCGGUGCCACUUCAAGGAACCUGCCUUUGGGAUGCUGGCAGCGCCCCUGAGGACGCCCCUCACACGGCUGCCGGCGGAGUAUCAUGCAGAGGCUGUGGGCACCUUCAAGCUGAUCCUGCGUUUCAUGGGCGACCCCCAGCUGCACGGAGCCCGGGACCACGUCUUCGGGAACUACAUCGUGCAGAAAGGGCUGGCGGUGCCCGAGCUGCGGGAUGAGAUCCUGGCACAGCUGGCCAACCAGGUGUGGCGGAACCCCAGUGCCCACAACGCUGAGCGGGGCUGGCUCCUGCUGGCAGCCUGCCUCAGCGGCUUUGCGCCUUCCCCGCGCCUUGACAAGUACCUGCUCAAGUUUGUGUCUGACUAUGGGCGGAAUGGCUUCCAGGCUGUGUGUCAACAUCGCCUCAUGCAGGCCAUGGGCCAGGCCCAACAGCAGGGCUCUGGCGCUGCCCGCACCUUCCCUCUGACCCAGCUCGAGUGGAAAGCAACCCAGGAGAAGGCCGGAAUGGCGCUGGACGUGGGCUGCUUCAAUGGUGACCAGUUCUCCUGCCCGGUGCACUCCUGGAGUACGGGGGAAGAGGUGGCUGGAGACAUUCUGAGGCACAGGGGGCUGACCGACGGCUGGCGGGGCUGGACGGUGGCUAGGAAGAAGGGGCUCCAGUGGGCAGAGCUGGCCGGCCACGACUACGUGCUGGACCUGGUGUCGGACCUCGAGCUACUCAGGGAGUUCCCGCGACGGAAAGCCUACUUUGUCGUGGGUGCAGAGAGGCCCACGGCUGGCAGGGGAGGUCUCAGGGUGUUUGGAAACAGCUGGGACUCGGACGAGGACGAGGACGCGCCCGCUAGGCCCCAGCCCCUGGGGCACGUGCCCGUCGUGGCCAACUCCGAUGGGUACUGCAGCCGCAAUGAGGACGGUACAAAUGGGGAGAUUGAGGCCCAGAGAGGGACAGCGACCCACCAAGACUCGGACAGCCUUGGGGAGCCCGCUGUGGCCCACAAAGGACUGGACUGCUACCUGGAUAGCCUCUUCGACCCCGUGCUGUCCUACGGGGAUGCGGACCUGGAGAAGCCAACAGCCAUUGCCUACCGCAUGAAAGGGGGAGGCCAGCCUGGUGGAGAUGGCAGUAGUGGCAGCAAAGGCAGCCCCCGGAGACCUCCAGAGCCAAAGCCAAAGCUAAUUCCAGGCCUGGACGCCUCCACGUUGGCCCUGCAGCAAGCCUUCAUCCGCAAGCAGGCUGUUCUGCUGGCCCGGGAGAUGACCCUGCAGGCCAUGGCGCUCCAGCAGCAGCCCCUGAGUCCCAGCCCAAGGCCAUCGCCGCCAGAGAAACCCAUAGCGCCAGAGGCCCGGCCGAAGUUCGUAGGCACCGGACUCCCAGCCAAGCCCGUGCUCCUGCGCUGCGCUCCAAAGCCUGUGGCUCCCGCUCCUCUGGUCAAGGCCCCGAGGCCCCCCACCAAGCCCGUGGCCGUCCCCAUUCUAGCUCAGGGCCAGGCACCUCCAGAAUCCACUUCACCCGGCCUAGAGCUGGUCCGGUCCUCGACCCUCAACUCGGAGCACUUCCCGCAGCCCACACAGCAGAUCAAGGACAUCGUCAGGCAACACCAGCAGCCGCCCCGCGGAGGCCGGCCCGAGGCCUUCAGGAAGGACGGCGGGAGGGUGUUCGUGAAGCGGCCGGACCCCCACGAGGAGGCCCUGAUGAUCCUGAGGGGGCAGAUGAGCCAUGCAGCGGCAGCACCUGGCACCCAGGUCCCCAGAGAGGCCGUAGCCCUGGUGAAGCCAGUGACCAGCACACCAAGGCCAUCCGUGGGGCCCACUCCAGUGCUGGCCUCACGGUCCCUGGAGCCGGCCGAGGACCCCGUGCAGACGCGGCUGCACCGCCUCCUCAGCCCCGAUUUCUACGGCUACCAGGAUGCCCCCUGGCAGAUCUUCCUGCGCAAAGAGGUGUUCUACCCCAAGGACAGCUACAGCCACCCUGUGCAGCUGGACCUGCUGUUCCGCCAGAUCCUGCACGACACGUUCUCCGAGGCCUGCCUGCGCAUCUCUGCAGAGGAGAGGCUCCAGAUGAAAGCCCUGUUUGCCCAGAACCAGCUGGACACGCAAAGGCCCUUGGUGACGGAGAGUGUGAAGCGGGCCGUGGUCAGCAUUGCACGCGACAGCUGGGAGGUCUAUUUCUCCCGCCUCUUCCCUGCCACGGGCAGCGUGGGCACCGGCGUGCAGAUCCUAGCUGUGUCCCACACGGGCAUCAAACUCCUGCGCGUGGUCAAGGGCAGCCACGAGGCCGGUGGGCCGCUUCGGGUCCUGCGCACGUACAGCUUUGCGGAUAUCCUGUUUGUGACCAUCCCCUCCCGGAACAUGCUGGAGUUCAACUUGGCCCGCGAGCAGGUCAUUCUCUUCUCCGCCCGAGCUCGGCAGGUCAAGGCCCUGGUGGACGACUUCAUCCUGGAGCUGAAGCAGGACUCGGACUACGUGGUCGCUGUGAGGAACUUCCUGCCUGAGGACCCAGCGCUGCUGGCCUUCCACAAAGGCGACAUCAUCCACCUGCAGCCCCUGGAGCCACCUCGAAUGGGCUACAGUGCUGGCUGUGUGGUCGGCAAGAAGGUUGUGUACCUGGAGGAGCUGCGGCGUCGAGGUCCUGACUUCGGUUGGCGAUUUGGGACCAUCCAUGGGCGUGUGGGCCGCUUCCCUUCCGAGCUGGUGCAGCCUGCGGCUGCCCCCGACUUUCUGCAGCUGCCUGCAGAGCCGGGCCGGGGCCGCGCUGCCGCCGUGGCCGCCGCCGUGGCCUCCGCUGCCGCUGCCCGGGAGGUGGGCCGCAGGAGGGAGGGUCCCCCAGUCAGGGCUGGCUCUGUGGACCGCGGGGAGGACGGCCUGGCUCUCCCACCGUACACAAUGCUUGAGUUUGCCCAGAAGUAUUUCCGAGACCCUCAGAGGAGACCCCAGGAUGGCCUCAGGCCGAAAUCCAAGGAGGGCCGGGAGUCCAGAACCUUGGAGGACAUGCUUUGCUUCACCAAGACCCCGCUCCAGGACUCCCUCAUUGAGCUCAGCGACAGCAGCCUCAACAAGAUGGCCACAGACAUGUUUCUAGCUGUGAUGCGGUUCAUGGGGGAUGCCUCGCUGAAGGGUCAGAGUGAACUGGACGUGCUUUGCACCCUCUUGAAGCUGUGCAGGGACCAUGAGGUCAUGCGGGACGAGUGUUACUGCCAAGUUGUGAAGCAGAUCACAGACAACACCAGCACCAAGCAGGACAGCUGCCAGCGAGGCUGGAGGCUGCUGUACAUCGUGGCUGCCUACCGCAGCUGCUCCAAAGUCCUCCAGCCACACCUCGUUCGCUUCCUCCAAGACGUGGGCCGGACCCCGGGCCUGCCCUUCCAGGGGAUCGCCAAGGCCUGUGAGCAGAACCUGCAGAGAACGCUGCGCUUCGGUGGCCGUCUGGAGCUCCCCAGCAGCAUGGAGCUUCGGGCCAUGUUGGCCGGCCGCAGUUCCAAGAGGCAGCUCUUUCUUCUCCCCGGAGGCCUCGAGCGCCACCUCAAGAUCAAAACGUGCACCGUGGCCCUGGACGUGGUGGGGGAGAUCUGUGCUGAGAUGGCUCUGACCCGCCCCGAGGCCUUUGAUGAGUACGUCAUCUUUGUUGUCACCAACCGAGGCCAGCACGUGUGCCCACUCAGCCGUCGCGCCUACAUCCUGGACGUGGCCUCGGAGAUGGAGCAGGUGGAUGGUGGCUACACGCUGUGGUUCCGGCGCGUGCUCUGGGAUCAGCCGCUCAAGUUCGAGAAUGAGCUCUACGUGACCAUGCACUACAAUCAGGUGCUGCCCGACUACCUGAAGGGUCUGUUCAGCAGCAUGCCGGCCGGCCAGCCCGGCGAGCAGCAGCUGCAGCAAGUGUCCAAACUGGCCGCACUGCAGCACCGAGCCAAGGACCACUUCCACCUGCCCAGCACGCGCGAGGCCCAGGAGUACAUCCCGGCCCAGCUCUACCGCACUGUGGCCGCCUCGGCGUGGCUCAGCCUGCUCGGCCAGCACCGGCAGCAGAUGCAGGCGCUCAGCCCCCACCAGGCUCGCGCCCAGUUUCUGGGCCUCCUCAGCGCCUCGCCCUUGUUCGGCUCCUCCUUCUUCGUCGUCCAGAGCUGCAGCAACGGCGCGGUGCCCGCCCCCUGCAUCCUUGCGGUCAACCAGAAUGGCCUUAACUUCCUUAGCACCGAGACCCACGAGCUGAUGGUGAAGUUCUCCCUGAAGGAGAUCCAGUCGACGAGGACCCAGCGGCCCACGGCCAGCUCCAGCUACCCGUACGUGGAGAUCGCACUGGGCGAUGUGGCGGCCCAGCGCACCAUGCAGCUGCAGCUGGAUCAGGGCCUGGAGCUGUGCCGCGUGGUGGCCGUGCACGUGGAGAACCUGCUCAGUGCCCGUGAGAAGCGGCUGACGCUGCCCCCCAGCGAGAUCACACUGCUCUGA